AUGGUUCAAAAUUUCUUCAAUACUGGCUUCAUCUUGAAAGAGAUGAAUUCUACUUUCAUCUCUCUUAUACCAAAAACUCAAUUUCCUAGUUCUCCUAUUGAUUUCAGGCCAAUAGCUUUGUGCAAUACCACUUACGAAGUGAUAUCUAAGAUGAUGGCUAAGAGAAUGAAACCUCUCCUUCACAAAAUAAUUUCUCCAUACCAAUAUGCAUUCAUACCUGGAAGACAAAUAAAUGAUAACACCAUGGUGACACAUAAGAUAAUUCACAAUAUGAGGGUAAGAAGGGAUAACCAAGGUUGGAUGGGGCUAAAAAUAAACAUGUCAAAAGCUUUUGACAGAGUUGAAUGGAAUGUUCUUAUAGCUGUUCUAACCAGAAUGGUUUUUUUUACUAAAUGGUGCAAUUUGAUAAUGCAAUGUGUUUCAACAAUCAACUUAGCAAUCAUGCUGAAUGGGGUUCCUUGUGAGUUCUUCAAACCCUCAAGGGGUUUAAGAAAAGGAGACCCCCUUUCACCAUAUCUCUUUAUUUUAUGCAUGGAAGUGCUCUCUAGAACCUUAAUGGAUGCUGAGAACAAAGGAGAAAUCCAUGAGAUAAAAAUUACGAAAAAAGCCCCUGCUCUCAGUCACCUCCUAUUUGCAGAUGAUUGUAUCAUCUUCUGCAAAGCAGAUAGGAAGGAAGCUGAAAACAUCCUUAACAUCUUUGAAAAGUUUAGUUAUGGCUCUGGUCAGAUGAUGAACCUAACAAAGUCUGGGAUUUUCUUUAGUAAAAAUACCUCUAAAGAAAUGGUUAAGGAAAUCACUGAGUUAAUGAAGAUAGAUCAUAUUCCUUUAACUGACAAGUACUUGGAUCACCAUUAUUCACCAACAAGUCUAAGGGAGAUUUCUUCUGGGGUGGAAGAUGGUAAAAGCAAAGGGAUCUACCCUACGGCUUGGGUUGCAGUGUGCAAAAACAAAGAUGAAGGGGGAUUAGACUUCAUGAAUCUUGAAAAGUUCAAUGAAGCUAUGAUCUCAAACAUUGGUUGGAGAAUGAUGACACAGCCAGACAUCCUGGGAGCUCAAGUUAUGAGUGCAAAAUAUCUCCCUGAGGAAGAUAUAAUGCACAUCUCAACAAAACCUAAAAUCACUGAUUCCUGGGUUUGGAAAGGAAUCCUUUCUGGAAUUGAAAAUAUCCACCAAAUGGGAGUAGGAACAGGGAAUAAUAUACAUAUUUUGUCUGACAAUUGGGUGCCAAACCAAACAGCUCCCAUAAUCAAACCAGAUAAUUAUCCUGAUCAUAUCCAGAAAGUAAGUGACCUUAUCAUAAAUCACAAUCAAUGGAAUGAAGAGCUUAUUUUUGAACUCUUUGACAACAACUUGGCAAACCAGAUAAGGAACAUAGAAAUCCAUCACAACCAAGAUGAUAGGGUCAUCUGGCCUCUCACCAAAGAUGGAAACUAUUCUGUCAAAACUCUUUAUAAGGAGUUAACAAAAAGCAAAGAAAUUACACCAAGUAGAAAUAAAAAUUGGAGGGCUAUCUGGAAUUUGAACAGUAGCCCCUCAAUAAGGCUUUUCACAUGGAAAGCAGCACAGAACAUUCUCUCAACUGGAGCAAAAGUGGGGAAACACCUAAGCUACAUUAAAGACAUUUUCAAAAUCUGCAAUUGCCAAAGGGAGACUCUAACUCAUCUUUUCAUGCACUGUCCUCUUACUAUUCAAGUUUGGUCUGCAGCUAAGAGCAAAACUAUAGAAUACAGAAUUCAGUGGAAACCACCACCAAUAUUUACUCUGAAACUGAAUGUUGCAAUUCAAUUCAACAGUAUGAAAAAUGCCUAUGGAAUUGGAUUAAUGUUAUAUGAUUUCACAGGGGAAUAUACAGGGGCAAGAGGCAUUGGGAACAUCCAGAAAAGCACCAUAGAAACAACAAAAAUAGCUGCUCAGGAGGCAUUCAAAUGGACAGCAGAUUUAGGGAGCAGGAUUGAAAUCGAGUCCAACUCUUGCGAGCUAAUAAAGCUGACCAGGAAAAUUCAUGCUGAGCAGAUACAUCGAAGAUUUCAUCUGAAAGAAGAAAAUGUUAACUAUUUUGAGAUUGCUACCUGGAGCACCGUAAACUCCAAUCAAAACUAUCUAGCUUUAAAUUUAGCAAACUACAUUUCAAGUUGCAAUAUUAGUAGACAAUGGAGGGGACCUGAAAUAUGGAACCUGCACCAACAGAUUACUAGAAAUCUGGCUGAGAACAAUGAGGAAGGGAACUCAAAUGGUAGACAUUACAGGAACCAGGAUAUCCUGUAUGGAACCAGAAUCACCGGUUGUUACCGUAGAAGCUCUGUUUUAGCUUCAUUUUAUUAUAAAAAAAAAAAAUACUGCUCGUGUUUGGCAUGUGAAAUGGAGAUACCAGAGGACAGCUUGAAAUUAUAG